AGCGCUGUGUAACUCUAUCCAGAGGAGACAUUGUCGGGAUCCAGCCUUAUUCAACAAGCUUGUUCUGUUAAGUAACAUUACUUCAUAAUAUCCUAAUUUUCAGCCUUGAGUUGAAAUCGACAACAAUGCCAUUUUCCAAAUUGGAAUACAGGAAGAUUGUGCGCAAACCUUUGGAUAUCAAUUGAUUACGGAGACCACAGUGCUCGCGUCGCAUUUAGAAGCACAAUGCCAAGUCUUCAAAAGAAAGUUAUAUUCUCAUUUGCUGGUGUGCUUUCUUUUGCAUGUGUUCUAAUCGUCGCGGCUGCGAUGGGAACUCAGUUUUGGGUUCAGGCUGCGGUUCUGUGCAAAACGGGCGCACAGAUAGUCAAUGCAACGGGACCGGAGCUGGACAAAUUUAUCGGAAGGGCGAACUACGGACUUUUCCAUGGCAAGGGGAUGAAACAGUGUGGUCUGGGUGAUAGACCCUUUCAAUUCUCUUUUUUUCCUGACCUGAUGGACGUGAUUCCAGCCAGUCUGCAUGUGGCCGUGAUCUUCUUCUGCGCAGUGCUCAUCCUCUUCUCUUCUGUGUCCUCUGCGUUCUUCUUUUACAAUGCCUUUGGAAAACCCUAUGAGACAUUGCAUGGACCCCUGGGCCUUUACCUCUGGAACAUGAUAAGCUGUUUCUUAAGCUGCUUGGUCCUUAUUCUAUUCACCUCUGAGGUCAAGGUGCACCACCUGACUGAGAUCAUCUCCAACUUCAAUGAGGGCAGCUUUAUCUACAAGACGCAAAGCGAGCAGUUCGACAGGUCCUUCUGGCUCAUCUUCCUCACCUUUCUUGUGCACGGCCUCAACAUCUUGCUCAUCCGCCUCACAGGCAUCCAGUUCCCUUUUCAGGAGGCCAAAGAGUCUGACGCUACCACCGGAGCUGCAGAUCUCAUGUACUGACCAACUCUUUGUUCUGCUUCCUCCCCUGCAGCACUUUUCAAUAGGAGUUUUAUGAAUAGCAGCAUCAGUUGUUCCAUUCUGUUUGAAUUGACAUGGCACAUCUGAGCCUCUUAAGUGGUGAACUUGGAGAUGCUCUUCUGAAUGAGAAGGGUUCUUAUCUCAAAGUGGGAGGCUGAAGGAUGGGGGAACCUGCUCUUUCAAACAUUGAGCAUUCAUUCUGUCAAUCACUGGAGCAAUUAAGGGUCACAGUUUCAAAUGCCUGUUGCAACUGUUUUGCAUCUUUAAUAAUCCAGAUGUAGCGCAAAGGGGUGCAAUAAUUAUUCUAUUUCAACACUUAAGCCACACUUAAAAAUGUAUGAUUUUCAUUGCAUUAGGUAAUAAAAUAUCCAACCAAGUGGAAUACACAGUCACACAUGAAGAUGUUUCUAUAAAACACUAUCAUGUAAAAAAAAAAAAAAAGUUUUUUUUUACACUUUCUCGUUGUAUUACAUUAGUGGAUAAUGUCCAUAGUUAAUGUGAUGAACUACACCUGCGUGAACUUGAUGGGAUCUGAUGUCAUAUCGACUUAAAAUAUAUUUGGGGUCAAUUGGUUGAAAAGUUGUUUUUGGUCUAACAACAUUUGUUUGCAGAUGUUCCACUUUGAUAUUUUGUUGUCUAAUGCAAAAUACAUUAAGUGUGACUUAAGUGUCCAAAUAUUUUUUGGAGCCACUGUAUUUUGAUAUGUUUAAGUAUUUUUAUUUCCACCCAACUUGGAUGUCAGAUUAACAUCAGAUUGCUAUUGAUUUAUCAAUGAUUUCAUGAUCAAUAUGGUUUUAAUAUUAUUGCUAACUGUUAAACAUUGAACUAAUAUUAAGAGUUCAAAAUGUUAUUCUAUUUGCAUCUUGGUAGAUUUGAUUUUAUAUUUAUUUGUGUUAUGUGUUUAGACUUGCACUCAGAAUGUGCCAAUAGCUGUUUGUAAUGAGUAGCACUCAUUCGUAUUCUUUCAUGUUCAUGUUGUUUUUGACUAACUAUGCUACUUGUCAUGUUAUCAUCAUGGGGACAUUAUUGAUAAUAACUGAUAAUAGUUUUUUUUUAUUUUUUUUUAUUAAUCAUAUGAUAAUUUAACACGCUUUUAUUUUUUGUUAGAAUAUAAACAACAAUGAAAGAUUCUCAAAUGGAAUUUUGAAAAAUAUUUUUAUGUUCAUUUAAUUAACUGACAUAUAAAUUAAUGAGAGGGGCCAAUUUGUAUUCACAGAAAUUCACUAAUAUGUAUAGCAUAGAUAUGUUGCAUUAGUGUAACCAAAAGGGCUUUAUAAUUGAAUCGAUUCAAAGUUAUUUAGCUAUUUUUCAUCAUUUUUACAACAACAGUAGGCUACUUGGAACAACUUUUUUGUCAGUAUAAAUUCUGGACCUUUACUCGAAAUAAAUGUU